UUCCCCUACUUAAAAAAAAAAAAAAAAAAAAAAAAGGCCUUGGGAAAGUUUGGCGAAAUUAGACAAAGUGAAGUCAGAGCUGCAGUGACCUCACAGGAAGCCCAGUUACUCCCGGCUGCCCAGGGCUCUGACACAGGCUGAGACUCCCUUUUGACCCAAAUGACAAGAGCCACCGGGGCUGGAUCAUUGGCAAAUUCUUACCUUUCCCCUUCACUGCUAAUAAGAUCAGAUCGCGUUUCUUUGGAGUUUCCUCCACUCCCCGCCUCCGUGAGCUCUUUAAAACAGGAAGUAGAGAAGAUAAAUGUACUCUUCAUCACCUGGAAAGGAAGACAAAACAGCUUCAACUCCGCUUUGAAUAAAAUCUUUCCACGAACUUUCUUCAGAGAUUUUACUCAAUUGACUUACAACAUGAAGAAAGAACACAUUCUUUGGACUUCUAUAUGUCUGCUACUUGCUGUUGUCCCUGUCCCUGUUGACUCGGCACUUGAGGAAGAUGAAGAAUUUACAAAUAUUACAGAUAUGAAAUUGCCACCACUGAAGCCGGUGCAGACAUUUUGUGCAAUGAAGGUUGAUGAUGGCCCCUGCAGAGCAUUUAUAAAGAGAUACUUUUUCAAUAUGCUCACUCACCAGUGUGAAGAAUUUAUAUAUGGAGGAUGUGAAGGGAAUGAGAAUCGAUUCGUCACUCUGGAAGAAUGCAAAGAAAACUGUGUAAGAGAUUAUUCAAAGAUGACUACAAAACUGACAUUGCAAAAAGGAAAGCCAGAUUUCUGCUUUUUGGAAGAAGAUCCUGGUAUCUGUCGGGGUUAUAUUACCAGGUAUUUUUACAACAAUCAGUCUAAACAGUGUGAACGUUUCAAGUACGGUGGGUGCCUUGGCAAUCUAAACAACUUUGAGUCUUUGGAAGAAUGCAAGAGCACCUGUGAGGAUCCAGAUAACACAGUUCAAAGAAAUGAAAUCAGUGCUGUGAAUGACACCUUGGGCCCCCAGCCAACCAAGGCUUCCAGACUUUGGGUUACACAGGAAACAACAAAUGGUGGUUGGAAGAAUGCUGACCAUACUUACCAAGUCUUUCUGAUCGUCUUCUUCAUUCAUGCAUCCAUGCUAUUUUUAGGAUUGGAUAGCAUUUUAUGAUUUUGUUAAUAUUUGUGUUUGAGUUAUUUUCUCAAUGUGUGAUGUCUUUGAGAGCAUAAUAUUAAUAAACUUUAGUGUUUACAUGUAUAAUUAAUAUACUCCUUGCAGUACCUCUCAUUGUACAAGUAGUAAAGAAAACUAAUAUUCUCAAGUGUUCAUAUUGAUUUGGGGUAUGUUCAGUAGAACUGACCAUUCUUGGAAAUUAGUGAAUUAUUAUUCUUGUUCAAAACCCCAUUUUCCACCACACAUCAACUCUAAACAUAUGUCUUGAGAUUAUAUCCACAUUAUGAUAUUUUGAGAAGUAAAUAUUUGGAUAAACUUCAAAAAUUACUUCCAAUUCAAUCUGGCCAUUGCUCUCUGACUAAAAGAAACAACCACAUACAUUAUCUAGUUCCGCACUGCUUCCUGUCAGCCUCCAGGUUCAGGGAAAAUGAUCAGAUGUCAUCUUGAAAACCAUUUAUUUACUUCAAACUCUAUGUGUCUCUCAGUUACAUGCAGUUUUAUGACCUACCACCCAGAUUCCAUAAAUUAUGGAUGAAACUGGCAAUAAGCAAGCUGCAUAUUUUUAAAAGAUUUUUGGUUAUCACUGAUCCCCCAGAAGAGGUGUGAUCCAUACAAAGAACAAAAUUAACAGCUAAAAUCUAUCGCUGAUAAGGUCAACUUACAAAUGUACAAGAGAAUAUUGUUACCUAUUAGACCUCUUAUUGAAGUGUAGAGGAGAGUUGCAUCUGUGGAAACUUUCUGCAAACAAAAUAUCUCUCUUUCUCCCUAAAUAAAGGCACAUGCACUUGCAUACCUAGUUAAUCACGCUGCUUAGGAAAAUUCUGAAGAAAUCCAUUUCAUGUGUAAAACACUCCCGUAGUUCCAAAUAAAUAUCGGGCUUCCCAGAAUGUGCUCUCAGACCAAGAAGCAUAGAAAUAUUCUUUAUAAUCUAAAUAUGCUUGCAGAGUACAUCUGAAGACUCAUAUGCUGAUGUUGACAUUUUGACUUCUAAAAAUAAACAGCUUUUGGAGAGCACCCCUCAGAUCUUCGACUUCCUGGCAGUUUUCUUGGUGAGAAAAAAAAUGUGUCACUUCAUCUUGGCCAAAUUUAUGCCAUCCAGUCACCAUGGGUGACUACUGCUACUUGUCUAAUCUCUUUCUUCCUGGAGAACCUGGAGCCUUAUAAAAAUAUUUCUUUUCUGCCCCAGUCAUAAGAAUUUUCCAGAGAAGUGAUCUCAAACUUGAACAUUAUACAGAUACCUUAAAUGGAUAAUUGUGGGGUUUCAAUUUGUAAACCAAAUUAUUUUAAGUUAAAUUUUCAGUACCUAGCAAGCAGUAGAAAUAAACAUCCUAAGAAAUAAACAUCAAAAAAAAUAAACUAAAGCUUAUUUACUGAAUAAUACAAUCCAAACACAAACUAACAAAUUAAUAUUUAUAGUUGAAUAAAACAUUUUUCCCUAGAUAAGAAAAAAAUCACUUGUAGUGUAAUAUUGACUAGUAUGAAUAGCAAUGGAAAAAGGGUAGGGAAAGUUUAGAAAGCCUUGUGCUAUUCUACGUUGUAUGUAACUCUCUUACUUUCCUUUGGAUAGUAUGUGUACUGGGCAAUAUUUGCAGAAAUGAUUGUAAGAAGCACAGAUACAGCACAUAUGAAUUAAGAAUAUUUUAACUUUGAUAGGGACACAGCCAAGAAGGUUGAUAGUUCCAUAUGACAUUUAAGGAGAUUAAAUUAACCUGAUUAGUGCAAAUGUGAUAACAGAGUCUAGAGGCUUGGAUGUUUGAUCUGCCAGUUUUAGGUAGUUCAGUUUGAAGAUAAAAACCUAACAAUUCUUUCCUGAAAAGUUCGAGCUCUCUGAACACUAUUCAGCUCAGUAUUACUGUCUCCACAACCAGAAACGAUUUAAUUCCAGCUUUUCUGUUAGAUAAUUUGUUGUGAUUAAAUCUUUCUCCUAUUCAAACUUGAAAAAUUCCAACUCUGUGCCAGGAAGUGUGAGUAAGAUAUAAAGUGUAUUCUGAAUCUGACUUACAAAGAAAUUUGGAAAUCAGACAUAAAGGAGAAAUUGUGAUACCUUUCUCUAUGUGAUAAAAAUUAUUAAAAUACCCUUUUUUUUUUUUUAGAUUUCUAUCUAGCUUGCAGAACAACAUGUCGUAGUGGUUACAAAUACUGGUUUUAUAAACAGAGGGGAGUUUAAGUUUUGGUUCUGGUAUUUUCUGACUUUGUUGAUUUGAAAAAAAUCACACAACUUCCCUUGGCUAAAUUUAUCAUUUGUUAUAUGUGGAGAGUAGAAUCUCAUAGUUUUUGUGAAUAUAAUUCUUAACCAAGUAUUCAACACACAAUAAAAGUCCUAUAGUAUUAAUGUUUGGUAUUUUUUGAUGAUUAUGAUUGUAAUGAUCCAGUUUUACCCCUGUUAUAUAACAGAAGGCCAUUGAAGGGU